AUGGCCCAACGUGCCCUCCAGCACGUUACUCCUCAUACGGACUCGCGGGGUGUAUCAAAGGGGAAGGAGAACGAAGCGCAAGCAAGGACAGUAAACCGAUGCAGGUUGGUUGACCUUUACUUGCCAGCCUCGCCAUCCAGAAUCCCAUCCAACAAAACUUCCGCUUGCACGACUCCUACACCUAGUCAAGUGGCGCGUCCUUCUGAAGCUCAAGCCUCAACGCGGAAUGAAACAUUAUCAAACCUUGCAAUGGUCAUGCGCGAACAACAUCGAAUCAAAAGAUUCAAGGUCGACUCACCUGCCAUGGAGAACAAUUCAGCCAAACAUAAGACUAUAGCCUUAUCAGAGUUACAAACUUUACGAAUCCCAGAAUCACCUUGCCAAGCUUCGAAAGCCCGUCGAUCACUUUCGACGACAUUGAUGUCAUAUAGUAAAGCUUUACCUUUGUCCGAUUUUACCAAUUCCAAAAAACGAAAACAUAUCCCUUUGUCAAAUCUUUUACCCAAACCUGCUCAAACUCCCGACCGUCCCGAUUUUCGCCCUCUUUGUCAUCCACCACCACCAAUCGUCGUCGAAAAACCUUCAGUGGUCGAUAUCUCUCCGACACGUCGUCACCGUAAGGGAACAUUGAACAUGGAGCCUGAAUCUCCUUUGAAAAACAGAGUUCAGGCGAUCAUCAACUCAGAACAAACUAACUGGGAAAUGUGGAGAAGCGAUGCACAACGACGAAUGAAUGUCAAGUCUACCAAAUCAUCCCUAGUACAACCCUUCAAGUCAUUUAACCUUAUUCAUAAUCCAAAGCUUGAGCCUUGCAAAGGUCGUAGUAUCAUGGUUGAAGGACAAGAUGAGAUGGGAAAGAGCUGGACAUUAGUGUUAUCUUUAAACAAUUCUGUAGUCAUGGGAGCUACUUCCUCUUCCGAUGCCAUUGGACCAGUAACGACCACGAUGGCUGAAUUAGUUCGACAUUAUCAACCUGGUGCUACAAUCAAAAUUUAUCAACCUUGGUUUACCAUCAAAGAAUCUAUGCUUGUCUGUGGUCGAUUUGGAGUAGAGAGUAAGUGUUGUGAUGAUAUACGUGAAGUUCCCUUUUCGUGCAAGGCAACUCCAAGGGAAGGAAUUCACGAUCAGCCCCUGAUAAAAUCACUUCUUUGGCGUAUCAAAUUUCAUGGUACACAGGGUGGACAACAAACAUUGCAUGUUUUAUUCGUGGGGACAGAUGUGACUGCCAUUUGA